AUGGAAGAAAAAGUGGGUUUUGAAGUAAUCGCCCGGUCUAUGUUGCCUGAAGAAGAGACCGCCGAACCCGUUGAGACGAAAAUAACAGGUUCUGUUCCUUCUUGGUUAAAUGGAAGUCUUUAUCGGAAUGGCAGUGGAAUCUUUGAGGUUGGAGACAUCAAAAUGAAUCACUUAUUUGAUGGAUUUUCAGUAUUGUCUCGUUAUGACAUUAAAGAUGGCAAAGUCUUUUAUAAAAACCGAAUCCUGCGCUCAGAUUCCUGGAAUGAAUCCAUCAAAGCCAAUCGCCUUGUAUACGGCCAGUUUGGCACACUAGAAAUUCCGGAUCCAUGCAAAAAUAUAUUUUCAAGGUUUUUAUCUUACUUCAAAAUGAAUGCAACUGAUAACACAGCCGUUAAUAUUGUCAAACAUGGAGAUGCAAUCUUUACAAUGACGGAAACUGACAAAAUCUUUCAGGUGGACCCUGACACACUUGAUCCAGUUGAUAAGGUGCAUCUUGGAAAGAUGAUAUCUGUCCACAGCUCAACUGCCCAUCCGCACACAGAUCAAGAUGGAGUUAUGUAUAACCUGGCAAGCAAUUAUCAGAAUCGAAAUAUGGCUUAUUGUAUAACUGCAAGUAAUUCUGACCAAGAUGGAAAUGCUAAACCUUUUGAUAACCUUCGAAUCGUUGGUAGUGUACCAUCCCGCUGGCGGUCAUGUCAUUCAUACAACCACAGUUUUGCAAUGUCGGAGAAUUAUUUUGUCAUUUUGGAGCAAAAUGUAUGCAUUGAUCUUUUAAAAGCAGCAUUUGCUAAAGUUCUUCGUAAUUCAUAUGUUGACUGCAUCAAAAUAUAUGAUAAAGAGGAGCUCCAGAUAGCCGUGCUUGAAAAAAGAAAUGGCCAACAACUAAAAACUGUGUACAGAAUGAAUAACUUUUUUUGCUUUCAUCACAUCAAUUCAUAUGAAGAAGAUGGACACUUGAUAAUGGAUUUGUGCAGCCAUGAAGAUAUAAAUAUUAUUGGCCGAGUGUAUAUUGAAGCAAUACGAAAUAGAGAAUUUCAAAACAACAAGUCCUAUUUUACACGCAUUGUUAUUCCUCUCAAUGUUGCCGACAAUGCUCCUGUUGGAGUGAAUUUGAUCACUCUAAAAGACAGCAAGGCAACUGCUGUGAAAAGGAAUGAUGGCAGUAUCUUUUUAACCUGUGAUUACUUAACAGAUGACCCGGCUGAUGAAAAAUCCAGAUUUGAGUUUGAAUUGCCAACAUUCAACUAUGCAAAACAUGUGGCACGACCAUAUCGUUACGCCUAUGGAUGUAACCUUCAAGAUAAAGUAAACAAAAUUGACACUGUCCUUCGUUCAUUGAAAAUUUACCAAGACCCCAAAGGAAACUGUGUUGGGGAGGCAAUCUUUGUUCCAAGCCCGAAUGCAACAGAAGAAGAUGAUGGGGUUUUACUUGUGCCAGUGAUCAGUACAGACCGACAGUCUCCCUGCUAUUUGACCAUUCUUAAUGCCCAAACAAUGCAGGAAAUGGCCAGAUGUGAUGUACCAGUUUCUACUGUCAUUCCAACCUCAUUUCAUGGUUUCUUUGACAAAAAAAUGUCAAGUAAUUAA